UUUCUUUUUGAUACCGCGUCAGUGUAGAUGGAGUUGCAAAUGCAAGUGAUUGACGGUGGGAGGCUGAAAGUAUAAGGAAACCGCCCGAACCCGCUGAUUCCAUCUCCCGCCACCAGAUCAAAUCUCUUUUUCGAAGAUCCGUCACUGUAAAUUGAAAUUCCACCCAACACAACCAGUGAACCAGAUAUGUCUGCUCUCUUUAAUUUUCACUCUUUUUUGACGGUUGUGCUGCUCGUCGUUUCUACCUGCACUUUCCUCAAGAUGCAGUUCCCUUCCAUCCUCCAACACAAAACUGGGUUUCGGGGAUUCUUUUGGAAGGCUGCUAGAAUAGGUGAACGUUUAAGUCCCUGGGUGGCCGCUGGUUGUUUUACAAUGGGCGUAUCAAUUAUAUUCUUUUGAAAAGGGUUUUCUCUACAAAAUCUGAAGCAGUUGUCUCUCUGUUCAUCACCCUGGACAGUCCUCUAGGGUUAUGCAAUGAUGACUGUGCCUCACUGACUUGAAUUUUUUCCAACUUUGUUUGUGUUUUAAUCAGGGAUAUCCAUUUUCCUUUUCCCCCUUCUCGCCUGAUUCAGCUUGUUGGUUAUUAUAUGUGUUAUUUGUGAAAGCCCCAUAUUUAAGGGGCUUUAUGGCAUGUAUGUAUAAUUUUUUGGGAAGUCCUCUUCUGGACGACAAAAAAAAGCGUUUGUUCUGGAUGUG